GUUUGUGUUUGUUUGAUCGUCGUUUAGUCUCUUGUGUUUCGGUUGUGUUUGCCUAGCUGCCAACCAAAUCUUGAAAUUACUUAUUCAAUACUCCACAUUGAUACUUAUUUAAUAAGAUACUUUGCCAUUUUAUUUAGUUGUUUAGUUGCAAUCUACAGUGAUAAAAUGCCAUCCCGAGAUGAGGCUACAAUUUGCUUAUUUGAUGUUGAUGGGACACUAACAGCACCCAGACAGGUAAUCACUGCUGAAAUGAAAGAAUUUAUGGAUAAGUUACGUGAAAAGGUUAUUGUUGGUGUGGUGGGUGGUUCUGAUUUGUCAAAAAUAAAAGAGCAAAUGGGUGGAGAUUAUUUUAUUGCGACAUACGAUUAUGUCUUCUCUGAAAACGGUCUAGUAGCAUAUAAAGAUGGUGAACUAAAGGCUAUACAAAACAUAUCAAAAUAUAUUGGCGAAGAAAAACUUCAAACAUUUAUAAACUAUUGUUUGAAAUAUAUGUCAAAACUGAAGCUUCCAACUAAACGAGGUACUUUUAUCGAGUUUCGAAAUGGCUUAAUAAAUGUUUGUCCUGUUGGCAGAAGUUGCAGCCAGGAGGAAAGAAUUGAAUUUAAUAAGUUUGACCAGGAGCAUCACAUUCGAAAAGAUUUCGUGAAGAGCUUAGAAGAGAAAUUUUCAGAUUAUGGUUUGCAAUUUUCAAUUGGCGGACAAAUUAGUUUCGACGUGUUUCCACUCGGUUGGGAUAAAACAUACUGUAUACGUCAUCUAGAUCUGUCCAAAAUCAAAACAAUUCAUUUCUUCGGCGACAAAACUGAAAAGGUAAUCACUGCUGAAAUGAAAGAAUUUAUGGAUAAGUUACGUGAAAAGGUUAUUGUUGGUGUGGUGGGUGGUUCUGAUUUGUCAAAAAUAAAAGAGCAAAUGGGUGGAGAUUAUUUUAUUGCGACAUACGAUUAUGUCUUCUCUGAAAACGGUCUAGUAGCAUAUAAAGAUGGUGAACUAAAGGCUAUACAAAACAUAUCAAAAUAUAUUGGCGAAGAAAAACUUCAAACAUUUAUAAACUAUUGUUUGAAAUAUAUGUCAAAACUGAAGCUUCCAACUAAACGAGGUACUUUUAUCGAGUUUCGAAAUGGCUUAAUAAAUGUUUGUCCUGUUGGCAGAAGUUGCAGCCAGGAGGAAAGAAUUGAAUUUAAUAAGUUUGACCAGGAGCAUCACAUUCGAAAAGAUUUCGUGAAGAGCUUAGAAGAGAAAUUUUCAGAUUAUGGUUUGCAAUUUUCAAUUGGCGGACAAAUUAGUUUCGACGUGUUUCCACUCGGUUGGGAUAAAACAUACUGUAUACGUCAUCUAGAUCUGUCCAAAAUCAAAACAAUUCAUUUCUUCGGCGACAAAACUGAAAAGGGUCAGAAUGACCACGAGAUAUACAUGGACGAACUUGGUCAUAAAGUAACAAGUCCUGAAGAUACUAUGAAUCAAGUGAAGGAAAUAUUUUUUAAAUAGUUUCAGCUAGCUAGAUUUGAUUUAGAAUUUAAUGUAGGUGCAAUAUAUUUUAAUAUGGAUAUGGGUGUCAUAUAUAGUAUAUUUAUAUCUGCACUAUAUUUUUUAUAUAAGCAACUUUUAAAAGAGAUUGGAAAGAGUUUACAUUUAGUUACUGAAAGUUGUUUUCCAUCAAGGUCUUCAAUUUUCCAUUUACGUUAAAGAUGGCAGCGUUUUCUAUGUUUUUAUUGAUUGCUAAGAAGGUUUUGCUAAAAUACAGGCGUUGCGUCCACAAAAAAUUCACAUGUCAAGAUUCUAAACACUAAAAGCGGCCAAAAACACCUUAAUGCAAAGCGACUUUUACGCUAAAGUUGUAUUUUUUUUUAAUUAUUUUUAAUGUGAGAGGCAGCGCUAACAGGAAAUCGUUUUAGAGCAAAAAAAAUUUGCAACAGAGGUAAUAAAUUGUCAAUAUUACUACAUAAGUUUUAGGCAACAAAUUUUAACGACUGCGAUAUUUUUGCGAUAAAGAAACUCGAGGGCAUAAAUGUUUGACAAAAUGCUUAAAAAUCGCGAAAUGUCGAAGUUCUUUGGGGAUAAAGUUACUUGGUUUUUGUUGUUUAAAUACUUCUUUGUAAGAGCUGUUCGAAAUAGUAAAUGUUUUAAUUCAAACCAUUCAAAUUAGCGGAUUCAAGAUCCUAACGCUCUGUUUCGAUGUAUAUCCUCGCCAUGUAACAUCUAUAAUUUAGUAGAAAAUUGCAGUAAAAGGGAAGAAGGAUAGUUAUCAACUUAUGUUUUUGUGUACGUCGAUUUCCAUUAGUUUUCAUGUAUUUAUUUAGCCAUUAUAAUUCUAUAUUUAUGUAUCAAAGGAUCAGUGUUUUUUUUUGUUUUUUCAUUUAAGCGAUUAACGAAGUCGUUCUA